AUGAGCUCCUCUCUCGAGGCCAAGAUCGUGGUCCUAGGCGCACAAGGCGUGGGAAAAACCUCCCUAGUUCACCGCUACGUCCGCAACGCCUUCAACCCGAGCACAACAACGUCCACCGUCGGCGCAUCCUUCAUAACCAAACGCGUCAUAGACACAACAUCCGACACAACAGUCCGGCUCCAAAUAUGGGACACAGCCGGUCAAGAAAGAUUCCGCAGCAUAUCCCGCCUUUACUACCGCGGCGCACACGCAUGUCUCCUUUGCUACGACAUAACCGAUGAAAACUCCUUCCAAGAAAUGGCGGGCUGGCUCCGCGAACUCCGCAAGAAUCUCUGCGAUGACAACGACUCCGACCCACCGCUCGUCAUUCACGUCGUAGGUACAAAAUCCGACAUUGUGGCGAUAGACCCGAGUAAACGACGCGUACCAUUUGAACGAACGAUCGCCUAUGUCGCGGAACAACUGUAUCCCAGUCGCGCGUCGACACCACCACCUACAGCUGGAAUGGGAAUGGGGAUGGGAGGAAUAGGCAUCGGAUUCGGCAGUGGGGUAUUUGGGAACACGGCAGCGGUGCAGGCAUCAAGUGCAGCGUCGGGUAGUGCGGGCGCAUUACAGAGUCCAGAUAGUAAGCGCUCUUCAGCGUUUUGGGGCCAGGAAAUCGGAUGGGAUUGUUGUCAUGAGAUAUCUGCUAAGGAUGGAGAGGGUAUCGAUGAGGUUUUCCGAGUUAUUGCGAGGAAGCUUGUUGAGCAGCGGAAUAAGAGGGAUGCUGAUGCUGCGGCUAGUUUGAUGGGGACGCCUUUUGGGGAUAUUCAGACUCCCUUCCCGUCUGCUGUUACUGAGGGGGGAAGUUUUCGGUUGGGAUAUGGAGAUAAGAGGAGGAGUUGGUUGGGUCUUGCUACGCCUGUUGUUGGGGAGGUGGAAGAAGCUCAGGUUAUGCAGAGUGCGAAGAGGAAGGGGAGAUGUUGUUGA